AUGUUCGUCCAAAUAUCCCUCUUGAUAGUCACGGUCACAAGUAUAUGUGCGCACGAUUUGAUACUUGGUUAUCCGGAUUUGAACUCGAAACUUAUCUAUCAAAAAGUGCAUCAAGAGAAUCCAGCCAUUUGGGUGCGGUCCGACACAUUUACAGUGAAUUGCUCGAAGACAGAAGUCAUUAACGCGAUUAAAGUACUCGAUUUGCGUAAUGACAAAUGGGGGGAAGUUUACAUAAAGAGAGGGGGGAUCGGACAGAGCUUCGUCACUUUGGAGCUGGAUAGUCCUAGUGUCUUCCGUGGUUAUAACUUCCUGGUAGAAGUGUACGCGAUACAGACCGGCUACUUCAUGGGUUUGCAUGGUAAAUAA